AGCGAUUUCUUUAAUUUUCAUAUCAAACAUUUAUAAAUCAUUUUUCCCUUUCUCUCUUUUAAAUAUAAAUGCAAUAAUAAAGGCGUCGUGGAGUAAGGAAUAAAAAAAAUGAUGGAAAAUUGGUAUCGACGAAAGGAGAUCGGAAGAUGGGAGAUAAACGACUGGUGAGCGGAUACACGUAAUAAGAAGAUAGCCGCAAGAGAAGUUCAAGGUCGACGAGUCCUGCAACGUCCUUGAACCCAACUCGCUCUCUCGCAUCCCCAUCGUGGAAAACAUUGAAACGGUGACGGAUUUCCGGAAAGCAAGCGGAACGCGCGCGCAGCCGCACUACCACCCCUUGGCCAGGCGCAUCUGCGCAUUUUCCAACGAAAUUUCUCUCACAGGCGAGGUUCUGCCUGUCCCGGAUUGUCGUGUUCGUUCCGACGGAGCAGGCUGCCGGAAGUGGGAUACGAAGAAUACCAACCCCUUUCGGUUGUUCACAUAUCGUUUAUUAAUUAUGUACAAAACGGUACGAAAAGGCGAUGCCAGUCUGCAGUACACAAUUGUACCGCAAACGGACCAGUUUUCGUCUGAGUUCCCUCAGACGUCGGAAAAAUCUAGCCCUAGGGUGAUCAAGUAUACCAUAGCCACUUUGCUCAUCCUGAUCAUCCUGUCCUGCGUGGCGACCCCGUUUCUCAUAAGUCAGAAUGAUCAGAGCCUGUUCGCGGGCACCGUGCUCGCGAUGAGUCGGGUCGGGCACGACACAAUAGAGAGAAACUCGUCGAGGAGUCAGGGGAAAGAGAUCGGUGUGAACAAAAGCAAAAGCAGGCUUCCGAUCACCGCCGCCGCCGCCACCACCACCACCACCAUGCUUCCAUCGACGGAAGCCUACAGGAAGCAGGAUGUCGAGGACGAGAUGACUACGGUGUCGUUGAAUGGCGACGAACAAGAGUCGGAGGAGUUCGCUACCACGGAUUCCACGACAAGUAGCACGCAGUAUCAACAAACCAGCACGGAAUUGUCGACGAGUACUCGACAGAUGUCCACCUCCGCGAUAUUCGCGUCCACGAUGCUCCCGUCAUCGACUCUGUCGUCGACAUCGUCGACCGGUUCGAAAACAUGGACGAGCACGACAAGCGAGAUGGCCAAAACGUCUUCGAGCGCGUCGAGAAAGGCGAAGAUGCCGAGGGUGACCUUGAAGCUGAGAGAGAACGAGACGAUACCGCAGAUGUACAUGAAGGCGGGGAUAGCGUCGUACAAGAAAGGAAACAUCACGACGAGCGUGCUGGCCCACGGCCUAAGCCUGGAAGGGUUGAUCUUCAAGACGCCGGAGGGUACGAUAAACCCGUGGCCGCAGAAGUGGUUCUUCACCGAUCCCUCGUCCGACUUCCAAUGGAAGGUACAGUCAUCUUCGCAAGGGUUAAACCAAAUGCCGAUAAGGAUUUACAUAGUCCUGGCUGUGUUCGCGGCCUUGGCAAGCGUCAGCAUCUCCCUUCUACUGUACGUGCAGCGAAAGGCUACAAGACGCCAGCGCCAGAGUGUGGAGGAACCGGAAGUGGAGGGCCACGAGGAAGACAAAUCGACUCUGCUGGGCGCCGAGAGUCAGGAAACCGAAGAGAAAGAGUAAUCGUGAUUUCCAUCACGGGGAGAGAGCCACGUAGCUCGUAAGACUCGCAUAUUUUUACAACACGUACAUGCGUCACUUUAGAUUUAGAUAAUAUCGCGUGAAACAUCGGAACGUGAAGGGGGUAAUAUUUUCCGGCUUCGAUUGAUCGAGUGUGGGAGGCUCCGUUUUUUAAAGGAAUUGACGAAAUAAUUAUUAUUGCCCAACUGAAAAACAGAAAAACAUCCACAUCUAAUUCUGACAAAUCAACGUAAAUUUUUAGUUUGUUCCUUAAGUUCCUGGAAUGAAUAUAUGCGUGAAAAUUGAAGUUUUUAAAAAUUGGUGAUAAUUUGGAAUAAUUUUGCGAUAAUUAAGCGAUACUGUAUUUUACAAUAUAGUUAUUUAUUUGUUUUAUUCGUUAGAUUAUUUUACAUUACUAUCUUCUUCAAUAAGUGGGCAAUAUUCCUUUUAUUUUUAUGUCUUGGUCACGUAGUUGUGCAUAGUCGAUCGCGAAAAAUCAAUUUCGAUUAUAGUUUCAGAGACGUAUAUGGUAAACUUAUGAUGUUUUAAUCCUUACGAGGGGUUUUUUGAUACGAACAUUUGUUAUCAAUAUAUGACAGUUUUGAAAGAUAUCGUGUAAUAUUUAAUUCUUAUAAGGAUAUUUGAUAGAUCAAAGUAUUAAUAAUUCUUUGCACGUGUUAUUAAUAUUUUGAUUUUUGAUAUACUUCCAAUAAUAAAUUCCAAAGACGAAUUGCUUUCAAUUUAAACAUUCCAAAAAAUAAUUGAGAUCUCUUAUUUAUCAGUAUAGACAAGAUUGUCAAAUUGUAUUUUCUUUGAGACAUUAUUUAUGCAUCUUAAUAAUUGAUAUUCCAUCGGACCAUGACGUAUUAUAGGCACAUUUUUUUUGAAAUAUUGAUUAUAUUAAAUCUCUAUCAACAAAGUUUAAAAGAUAAAAUGUAAAAUUUCUUUCUCAAAAAAGAAAAAAAAAAAACAAAAAAAGAAAUUCCUUUCGAUUAUCAGUAUAUAAAUAUUCACUGGCUAUUUAAUAGUUUAAUAGUGGAUUGCACAAAAUUCAUAUUUCUUGAUGUCAGAAAAUUCUAAUGAUUUUUUAACGUUUUAUAAAAUAUCUUGCAUAUCUCUGCUGAGGAUCAUAGAUUUAUCAAAGAAUUUCGGAACUCUUUGCUACAAACGUAUGUAUGAAGAAAUAAACCUAUACGUAUGAGUAAGUAACAAAGCUACGUACCUCGAUGACUCAUUAAGGAGAUAGUUUCUGAAAAAAAAAGAAAUUAUCGUUAAUUAUCGAUAAAAAUUUUUAAAAAUAUUUUAAAGGAAUUUUCUAUAUUUAUUAUCUUAUUAGAGGAAAUAAUAAAUUAAUUUUUGUUAAUGAUACUUAUAGAUCACUUUUCAUCGAGAUUUGGAAAUAAUUAUAAUAUUUAUCAUUAAUCAAUAAGGGUCAAUAAAAUAUUUAAUAUUCAAAUAAUGAAUAUUAAGUAUGUUGUGUUAUUUUUGUUUCCUGUGUUCCUUAUGUUUUUUUUUUUCUAUAUUAAAUUUGAAUCUGUAGUCAGAUUCUUUUCUUUCAUUUAUGUCUUUAUUGUUUGACAUUUUUAAAAUGUCAAACAAUAGUAUUACACGUAUAUUGCAUUGUUAAAAAGAAAUCGAUAUUAACGAUAUGUCAAGAAUAAUGUCAAAUAUUAAAGGACAGUCUCCUUAAUUCGGUCACACUAUUUGCUAAAUUUUCUAUAAUGUAUGCAAUAUGCACUUAUACAUGAUCGUAAAAUGGUACGAAUACUUUGCCGAUUUUUUUGAAAAAUCGGAAGAAAUCGCAAUCUAAAAUUUUCUAGUGCUGAUAAAAUUUUUUGUUUCGUUUAUCAUCGCAUAAAUUUACUGCCAUGAAAAAUCGGUAACCAAAAAAUCAAUUAAAUUAAUUGUUUAAAAAUUCAUUCCUUUUAAUUUACAUUCGAAUUAUCGAAUGUAAUAGUUUUACAUUUAUUUUCUUUUAAUUUUUGUAAUUUUCUAUGACUUUUUUAUUAAACUACAAUUUUUCAUAUCAAACAUUUCUUUGUAAUUAAUAGAUAUAUUAUUGUAUUUAUUUUUACGAAAUUUAUACGUGUAAACAAUGUAAUUUAAACAAGAUACCAUCAAAGAUAGAUCAUAAAAUUUUCUAUUAUAUUUCAUUAUCUCUCGAACGAUAUCACAUUUUAUAAUAGCGUAUCAUUUCAUUCAUGUUCAAUAUCUUAUUUUAUUAUUUAAUUAUCUAAUAGGCAUUCGUAAAAAUCAAUUUAUUUCUCUUUGUUUCAGAAUAUAAUGAAAGUUCCUUUAAAGACAAAAUAUAAUUAACUGAAUUUCUCGUUCAAUUUUUUAAUUGAUAAAGAUAUUUUUUUUUUUCAAAAAAAAUGUUCACUUUGUUAAUUAAUCGCUUCGUUGUAAAACGAGCUGCGAUUAAUCAGUGAAAAAUUGACCCAGCAAAUUCCUUAUCAUUUUUUAUUUAUUUUCUUUCAUUUCAUUGUUCCUUAGAUAUAACCAAUGGAUGAAAAUGAGAAAAAAUGUUCGAUGAUACAGAUAAAAUUAAAAUUAUAAUUUCACUGAUAAACUUACGUAACGGAGCAGCAUGUCAUUUUGAUAUAAAAUGUCAGAUAUAUUGCGAAAGAAUGAUAAUGAUUUGGCUCGAUAUAUUUAAAUUUAUUAUCACACGAUAUGUAUUAAUUUAAAUCGACAAAUAUUCUUAAAAUUAUUCAUUAUUCUACAAUAUGAAUUGAAUAUAUAUUAUUUUAAAAAGUUGUAAUUCGAAUUUACAUGCGACUUGUUUAUUAAAUAAAUUGAUAUAAUAUAUGAUUAUUUAUAUAACAGUCAAAUUGUUUUAACAAUAUUUUCUAUUUUUAUUUCCUAUGUAAAAAUUAUCUAGAAAAAUUGCAUAUAUUAUGAAAAAAGAAUUUUGUAGCAAAAAUAUUAUUUUACGAUUAAUUUAUGAAAAAUGUUUAUAAAUUGUGUAAAAAGAUGUUGUUUCAAUUUCGAAUAUAUUCGUAUUUUCAUUAAUGUAUCAAUAUUCCAAACUGCGAUUAAAAUUACUAACUAUUAAUUAAACUUUAUCACCGUGAGUAAUUAACGAUUAAUUGGAUUGUCUUGCGAUAUCGUAUUGUAUGUUAAUAUUAACAAAAAAAAAAAAAGAGAAAAAACAACAUUUUUAUUAUUAAGACGUUUUUACUAAAGAUUUAAAAUUUCUAUUAGUGAAAUGUAUUUCUUCUAUAAUUAAAAUGGCGAUGGUCUACAACAGAAUUUAGGAGACAAUCGAAUGUAGUAUUUUUUGCGCCACUUUUCAUGCAAUUUUCACACAAACAGCAUCGUUCAGUAUUUUUUAAGGCAAUACACAGAAUGUAAGAAGGUAAAUUAUUAUUUAAACAAUUAAUUUAUAAAUUUAGAUACGUUUUGAUAUUUUUAUAAUAAUACUAAUACUAAUAUUAAUACUAAUAAUAAUAAAAAUAAUAAACGAGCUCAAUUAACAAUAAUUUUAAAAUGAUUGUUUAAAAUUUCAUUAUAAUAUUGAAUUUUUAUUUAAGAAAAUAUUCCUUAUGUUUUGUCACUUUUUUCAAUAUUUGUAAAUAAUGAAAAUCAUUGAAUCAUUUUCCCUAAUAAAAAAAAAAGCUUAAACGAAACGAUUGUUUCUUUCAAAAAAAAUAAAUUUUUAUAAAAAGUCAGCAAAACGACUUAAUUACGAAACAAUUUUUACUGAAUUAUUAGCAGAUUAUAAGACCUGUUGCUCAAUUACCAUUGCUUCACUGCGAGAAAAAUCAUGAAGAUUUUGUAAAAAAAGAUUUUUGUAGUCGACAGUAAAAACUGCAUUGCAGAAAAAUCCAGCGAGUAUUUAAUGAAACAUUUAGUUCAUCGAUAAACAUAUAAAACGAUACGUUACGCGUUAUACGUAUAAAUAUGUGUUACCUCUAAUUAAGUGUAAGACCAAUUAUUUGAACCAAUAUUUCCUAUAAUUAUGCGAGAAAUACAUUAUUUCUGCGAAAUAAUCGUACGCUAGAAAUCGAUUUUGUAAAAUCAUAUCGAUAGAAAUAGAUGAGAUGCGAACAGUGAACGUUCACGAUGUUGUUCAUCAUUUUUUAUUAUAUCUGUUCGAACGCAAUCGAUUGAUUUAUUAUUAAAAAGGUUAACAAGCUCGAAGGCUAGUCGAAUGGUAAUUAGAUUGACAAAGCUUUGAAAAACGUGAUCGGAAAGAGUAAAUUUUUCUUUUCACGAACGUUCCUUCGUUCUCGAGCCAAUGAACACGCAAAUUAUAAAUACACAUGUAAUUCUUGUAUAAAGAAAACAAGAAAAGGGACAGAGAGAAAGAGAGAGAGAGAAAGAGAGAGAGAGAAAGAGAAAGAGAGAGAAAGAGAGAGAGAGAGAUGUCCUAUGCAUUUUUGAAGAAAUAAGGAACAAAGAGAGAAAAAAAAAAAAGACAAAUGAGAAUAAAGGACUUAUAAGUGACACAAUAGUACUGUAGCUGAAAAGAGAGAGACGGUUAUAGUUUCUAUUUUGAAGAUUAUAUUUUUUUAACUUUAUUAAUUUUUGACUUCCACAUAUAAUAUAUAUAUAUAAAUAUAUAUAUAUAUAUAUUUAUAUAUAUGCAUAUAAUUGUAUAUAAGUAUUCGCAUACCUAUUAUACACAUAUAAAUAUAAAUAAAUAAGUAUAUAUUUAAAAAUUAUAAAUAUUAAGUGGAUAACAAAUGAGAUAUUGUAUAUAUACACACAUACACACACACAUAUAUAUAUAUAUUUGAAAAAAUGAGGCCGUGUAACGCAUAAAAUUGUGAAAUAUCCUUAAAAAAUAAUAUUAAGCACAUCGCAAGUAUCAUCUAUAUGAAUGUUUCAAAUUUCAAGAUGAUAAUCGCGAUGAAAAUAAUUGAAAUAUCAAUUAAAGUAUUGAUUCGUAUUUUCUUGAAAAAGAAAACCGGUCAAAAGUUGGAAUUUUUUUUUAUUCUUUUCAUAUUUAUUCUAAUUUUGUUUAUCAAUUUGAAAUUGAUCUUAAAUACAUAUUAACAAUUUUAUUUAUUUCUCGAGAAAAAAAUUUUCUAAUUGAUAAUCUAAUUAUUAUUUUAAAUAUUUUUGAAUUUUAUGAAUCAUAUUAUUAAUUCCAAAAUUUUGAUCGGUACUUUCCAAAAUAAAGAAAUAUGAAAUACAAUUUGCCUUUAUAGUAGUGUGGCAGUCACUGGGAUUUUUAUCUUUUUCUUUGUGUAUAAAAGCUUAACAAGUUUCGAAACAGCAUUCUCUAAAAAUGGCGGACAAAUAAGGAAAGAAAAAGUUAACCGUUAUAAUAGGCAGAAGACGCAAAUUACAAUUUUUUUUUGAAGAUUAUCAUAAAAAAUAACACACAAUUUCAGAAAAAAAGAAAGGAAGAGAGAAAGGAAGAGAAUAUCAGAAAAAUAAAUACUUCCUGUUCCUUUUAUUUUCCAAUAAAGUUCUUCCCCUUUUAUUCCUAUAUAAGAGUCUUUCAUUUACUUGAUCCAGCUUCAUAAAUUUUGAUAAAUCUUUUAUUUUCAUUUUCACCUCGAAUAUAUUAAAAAUUAAUUCAUUUCGAGAAAAUGAAGUUUUUGAGACAGAAAAAUUACCUUAAUUGGCAAAGCAAAAAAUAUUUUCUCAGUCAUCUAUUCUUGAUGAUUUAAAAAAUAUCGAAUUCAAAGUGAUUCUACUCUUUGAUCCUUCGCCAAAUAAAAUGUCGAUUCGCUAAUUUAAUUAAUACCACAAACGUUAAAAGUGCGGUAAUCCACAGUGAAAGAUGCGUUUAUUUCAUCGAUCGCGAUAUUAACAAUAUGGGAAAUUGAAGAAAAAGGAGAAUGAAAAAAAAAUGUGAUUAAAACAUAAAUCGAACGAAUAGUAGAAGCGAAUGAAUUAACAAGAAUGAAAUACGUGUUUCGAGUGGGUGUAAUAACGAUACGAUGAUCUCGUUAAAUCUGUAUUGCACGUGGAUUUAUGAUUCAGUGGAAACAACGUAUGAAUUUACGAUUAAUUCGAUAUAAUUUCUGACCGAUUGUGCCCGUGUGUACAACGAUUCGAUUCGACGAUAAACACGAUAUUAUUAAUGAAAACGCAGUUAAUGUAACAACUGAUUACCGUUACACGGCUUAUCGCAUUAGCUAGCUUAGGUAGGCGAAACAAUUCUGUGUACAUAUAUUAUUAAACAUUGUAAUGUAUGUCUCGAGAAUCAUGGCAUGGAUCAUUGAUCGUUGGUGCGUUUAUUAUUGAGAAUUGAUAUGUUAAUUCGAGUUAAAAUUGGAAUAGCUCAUGCCUAAUUAGGGCCUAUAAGUGUAUACAAAAUGAAUAAAACGUUGAGAAUAAA